CACACCACAAGUAUUUGAUCAGUGUGUUUUGCCGGCAGUGGCUUGACCAACAUUUUAACAGCAGUAGCUUCACAAGGUUGCAUCGUUACCUUACACCUACUGCAUGUCAGUCCAGGGAAUAUGAACUCAGAUUAUUAUUGUCAAAUAGCCGGUUAACUGGCUGAACGGGACCAAUCAACUGAACUCAUCAUUCAAUCGCACAUUGAGAGCGAGCACGUGUUACUGAUGACGUCACUGGCCGCGCUUCAUUAAAUCCGCGACGUGGGCAGAAGAGGUUGCUGUUGAAGCCCCAGGCGUCACGUUCAGAUUCCUCUCGCGUACCGACUCGACCGCGCGUCUUCCUCUGCCAAGAUGAGCGACCUCCAUGCAGCCACCCUGAAGCUCCUGUCCACCUUCAAUGAGCUCGCCCACGACAACGCUGUCAAAGAUUGUCUGAAGAAGGAGAAGUUCAGGAGCUUCCUGAAGGGGGAUAAGGUCAAGAGUCUGAUCCAGAAUCCCGUGGAUGGGUUCGUGGUGAGCCGCAUCCUGAGGGACCUUGAUGAUGACAAAGAUGGGGAAGUCGACUUCCUCGAGUUCGUGAUCACGAUCGCGUCCUUGAAAUUCUGCUGCCACCCCAACUUCCGGGCGCACCACGAGCAGAAUGGCAGGCUGCACGCGCUGUGCGCAUUCAAAGAGUAACGUGGCUGUUGCAUCAUCCGGAUAUAGUGCUAUAAAAUAAACAUUGUGGUUGCAUCCAAUGUGGCUUCCUUGUGACAUUCUACUCGGUAUAAAAACGACCUCUGUCUUGCUGCACUGCCAUUUGCGAUGGCCACAAUGGGACGUGCCAGGAAUUGAUUUUCUUUAACACGUAGGCUUUCGUGACCAAUAUUAUUCAU